UUGAUCUUAGUAGACUUUGCAAUUUUUUCUAUGAAGUAGGAUCUUACAUGUGCCAAUUUGAUCUUAGGGGAACUAUUGCAGAAACUUUAAUAGAAACCUUCAAAAACAGGUUUAGAUAUAUAAUGGAUUUAUCACAAAAUACAGAGAAUAGUACUCAAUCUUCAAAUAAAUUAGACAAUCUUGAAGAAAGUUUAUUAAAAAAUGGUAUCAAUACCACUUUACUUAUGGAUGAAUGGCUAUUGAAAGGACACAGUGCCAUUGCUGCUGGACAAAUGGUUACUGGAUAUAAAAAACGUAAACGAGAUGCCCUGGAUGAAUAA